CGCGAGUUUAUGAAUGUAGAUAGUGUGACCUGCUCUUCACGAAUGAAGCUUAUUGUCUGAUUGGUUUCGUCGAUAAAUAGGUAAAUUGCUCUGUUUUUUUGGGACAUUUGCCUAAACAUUCGACCAAUAUAAUGGAUGGAUUUGGAUUAUAGCGAUUAAUUUAUUCAACAAAUCUAAACAUGAAUUCUGCAUCAACUAACUUCCAGUGCACAACUCUACUACCGGAUUGUCUAAAUUCUAAUGCCUUAAAAACAUCAUCAUUAUAUAUGAGACGAUGGAGAAGGCGUCAAUGUAUGAAGUUGGAGACUGAUCGACUUGAAGGACAACAGUGUCAACAACAACAACAACGACAAAAACCAUUAUAUGACGAUUUCGUUUCAAAUACGAAUUAUUUCCAAAAUGCAAUCAUUAACCUCAAGCAAACUGUGGACAGUAUUCCGAAGACAAAUUCCAUGUUAGCAAUUAGUGAACUUACAAAUUACAGUGGUGAUACUUCGAUUACCACUACUUCUACCAUUGACGUUACUUAUACUAAUGGUGAUAAUAAUAAUAAUCGAAGCUAUCAGUCACUGCCUACAAACACUUCAGUUACUAGUCGAUCGAAUGCAGAUGCUGAGUUUUGUAAGAUGUCUAAUUCGACGCCGGCGAUGUUUAAUGGUGGUGUAACAUCUCCUGGAAAUUAUAAAAAAAUAUUAAUUGAUCGAUACUUGUUGAGUCAAUCAAUGUCACAUUGUGGUACAAUCUAUGAAUCAAUCAGUCCAUUUACUAAGAUGGUACAUGUCCCAUUAUUAAAAGAAACACAAACAGAUUACAGCAAUGAAAAAACUAUGAAGGUGCCAUUAAAUACAGAUACGAAUUAUCACUUGGAAACUAAAAGUACAAUACCUGAAGAGUUGAUCAAUAGAAAGAAAUCUAACUCACCAGACAAUCAAAUCAGAAAUUUCCAAUCUCUCUUGAGAAAAUUGCUCUGUGAUAUUUUAACCAGAGAACUAUUGGCUAAUAAAUAUAAAGAUGAACUGAACAUGAUUCAGUCAACCGUUUCUUCCAAUCACAACCGAUAUUGUAAUACAUUGAAUCCACAGAAUCCUAUCAGCGCCAUCAAUGACAGAAUUUACAAUCCCGAUUCCUCAAAUACUGAAACAAAACUAUCUUUUAAUAACGGAAAUUAUGACCAAGCUAUUUCAACCCCAUGUUUUUAUCCUAAUUUCUUGAAUGAAUUACAAUCGCUAUUGUGCAAUAACUGUUAUUCAGACGAUAUGAAGGGAAGUGACCAUCAACCGACUGUAAUGCAAAUUUUAACCGAUGGGAAGAAUAGUUCGUUGUAUACAUGUUUGGACAACUCAACAUCAUCGUUAUUGGAAAUUAAUUCGAACAGUCAAAUGAAAACUCCUUUACUUGGUAUGCAUAAUUCAAACGAUAAGUUAUUGUGUCCGGAAGUGAUUGAGAAAAAUUCAGUGGAUGCUAGUAAACCACAACAUUUACAAAAAUCAUCAUAUCAUUCAUUGGCAGCGACAUCUAUGAGUCAAAUGUCAAAGUAUUCCAUAAAUAAUAACGAUACUGUUAAUACUACCGCUACUACUGUAUUCUCUCCUAAUUUUUUACAUUCAAUACAUAGUUCAGUAAGAAACCAUAACAUUCAAAACUCAACGUUUAAUUCUUUAUUGUUGAUAUGUAGUCAACCAUAUACAACAGUGUCAAUUGAUUCAGAAUCAUCGACGUUAACUUCAACAUGUACUACUCACAGACAGCAACAAUAUACAUCAGUUGAAACAUCUGUUUCAUAUCCCUCAAGUCCAUUAUUCAAAUAUCGAUAUCCAAUAGAUGAUCACAAAUUUUCGACUACACCUCUUCAUUCAUCAUUAUUUUCACCGACUCAUAUCAUGCCAGAAAAAAGUUUUGAUGCCACCAUUAUUACUUCUACCACUCCUGUUACUACUAUUAUUACUACUAAUUCGAAAAUGAAUGAACAAACUAUUACUCAUCAGUCUCAUUUACCUUUUAUAAACACUUCGAUUGCUCUUAAUCAAAUAAAUACCACUAAUGUUAAUCAGAUUUCUAUGUUUAAUAAUAAUAAUAAUAAUAAUAAUAAUAAUAAUAAUAAUAAUAAUAAUAGUAAUAAUAAUAAUAAUAAUACUCUUGUUCAAAGUUAUUCCGACCUACAAUUUAUGGAUGUUGAUAAUUAUCAAUGUGAAAAUUCAUCAAGCUGUAAACAAACUGUGUCGAAUAAUACUAAUAAUUGUACUACAUUUAACACAUUUUCAUCUGUACGAACACUUACUUCUAAUAAACAUAGUAAUACCACUUCUACCACUAACAAUGAUACUAACAAAAGUAGUAGUAUUAAUAGUUCACUUAUUCAGCAUAGAACUUCAAAUGGUUUAUAUGUAUGCAUGGUAUGUUCUCGUCAGUUUACUCGUUCUGAUAUGCUUGUAAGACAUGCUCAUGUGCAUACAGGUCAUAAACCAUUUGAAUGUAUAAUAUGUGGUCAAGCAUUUAGUCGAUCUGAUCAUUUAUCUACACAUCAACGAACACAUACUGGUCAAAGACCGUAUCAAUGUUCAUUAUGUUAUUAUUCUGCAUCUCGACGUGAUAUGAUUACAAGACACUUAAGAGUACAUCAAAGAAAAGGUCAACUAGUUUCAACCAAUGAAAGUGGUGGACCUUUGAAAUUACAUUUCACUAUAAACUUUUCACAGCCUUCUAAGUAUUCUAUCAAACAGAAAGAAGACAGGAAUACUUCUUCUCUAGUGAGUGUAACAGAUAAUCGUUUCUCAGUCAUAUCAUCACAGUCUUCUCAUCUCAAUAGUAUUCAUUAGAGCAUAUAUACAUAACCUCACUGGAAAAAGCGGGACAAUGUUUGGAUGCAUUUCAGUUUAACACAUAAACAAUUAUCAGCUGAAUGACAAUCGAAUUUUGUUUUAAUAAAAUCAUUCAAUCAUUUUGUUCACCUUGACUUCCAUCACCAUGUCUUCCAAAAUAAAUUCCUACUCUAUAUGAGUUAUUUCGUCUGCGCUUAAGGCUUAAAUUUAUAUCGAUAGGUGUUUGGAAGCAAAAAUAUUUGUUUCUUUUACAUAUUUGUUCACAGCAAUACAUACACACAAUCUCUGCCAUUGUGAAUAAUUAAAUGUUUUAUGAUUUGAAAUUGUUGUUAUUUCGAAUGAGCAAAAAAGUAUUUCAUGUGGAGAUUCCAAUUUAUGUUAUGCAAGAAACAUUAUAUUACAUCAUCAUAAAUAGUUCAGCAUAAAUUAUUGAAUUGUCUUCAUUCCACUCCUUCUCCUACCAUCAAUAUAUAUAUAUAUAUAUAUAUAUAUAUAUAUAUAUAUAUAUAUAUAUAUAAUGAUGGUCAAAUUCAAUAGAAUUGAGAAAUUCCAAAAGAUGAUCUGUUUUCAUUUUUUUUGUGGUUCAUAUUUUGUUUUCUAUAAGAACAAUAUAAUUUGUUCCUCCAAUUAUAUUUUCUGUUUGUAUCCUGUCACUAUGUUCUUUUUUCUGUUUGAUUUUUUAAAAGUUCUUCUUUUUCCUCUAGAAUAAUAUUGUUAAUCUUUAACAAGUAUUAGAAAAGAUGAAAUAAUAAUCACUGAAUAGAUUGUUCAAGGAAAACAAAAAUUGUGGAAUAUCGACUAAUGAAUUAACGCGUUUAUGUAUUGAUGCAUUUUUAGUCAUAUUAUUACUGUCAUCAUGAAAUUGAUUUCUGUGUAAAGUUCUGUUAUUGUAUUAUUGUUGUUGUUUUGUUUUGUUUUUCAUUUUCCCGCGAGCGUUUAUUGUUGUAUGUGUUUAUAUUCAUGUUGUUAGUUUGUCUAUGAAAUUUAUUUAUUUUGUUUCCUAGUUUAUUUAUUUAUUUUUUAAUGAUUGUUUUUUAAACGUUCACAAUAGAUCAUAGCUAAUAAUCAUUUAUAAACAUCAUUUUAUGCAGAGUUUCAUCUAUGCUUAUGCUUAUACUAAUGUGGUGUGGCAGCUCGAACUGAUGUACGUACGUACGAAGUUCUACGUUGUUACUGACUGAUGCUUAAUGAAUUGUUUUAAUCUUCAAUAAUGUAACAUUAUAUUUUUAUGCUAUUGACAGAUGAAAUGCUAGCAGAUUUCUUCUUUUUAUCCUACUGUAUGCUUCAAAUGAUUAUUAUACUUUGUGUGUGUGUGUGUAUAUAUGUGUGUGUUUUACAAAUAUACAACUGAUACAAUGUUUUGUUGAUUUUCUUUUGUUUCUUCAUUCACUGUAAUUUAGUCUUAGAUUUUAAUGUGAUUAUUAUUUUUCUAGUAUUUUAACAUGUACACAUAAUAAUAAUAAUAAUAGUUUUGGCUUGAAUUCUUUAGCAACACAUAUCUUACAUGGUAGUUUCUCUACAUUCAAAGUUUUUCAUCUUCAUAUAUGAUUUCUCUUUUCAAUUGAAAUCAUUGGUUUCCAUGUUUAUGUUCUAUUUCAAUGUAGAUAGAUUUCAAUCUUAUUUGAUGAUAACAUGACAAUUUAGAGCAUUCCUGAUAUUUUUCAUAUAUAUUUGUCUUAUUUUGUGUAAUAUUAUUGAAUAUGUUGAAAUUAUUACGCUUCACUUAUGUGUCUUCAUCUUUUCAUUCAUCAUAACAAAUACUUCAUGUUCAUGAUUACUUUCUUUUCCUUUUUUUUUAAAAAAAAAAAGGAAAAGAAGAUAAAAAUUUUCGAUGCAUAUCAUCAUCUAGUUUUUUUCUGUCUGCUUAUAUGUCUUAAUUUGUGCUGUUUGGUUUUUCUUCUUCUCCUCUAUUUUGAUUCUUAUUUUUGUCUAAAUUGUUUUUUGUAUUUGUCAUUAGAUUGAAUAAAUCUAAAUGUUGAUUAAAA